UUUUGUUUGGCUAUGAGUGUAAAUUUAGCGCGCCAAUUUUUUUGUGUGGAACGUCAGUCGUGCUCAAACAGUGUUUUCCGGAUAAAAUCUCACAGAAUUUAAAUCUUAGACCCAAACAACAUAAAACGAAAUGCCAUCGGCAAGUGAAAAUGAUUCGUGUCUGGGUGAUCCGAAUUUUGCGGUUAUUUGCUCAUUUCUGCAACAUUACGCUGACAUUUUAAAGAUUAUGAACCCAACGUUUAAGACACUUCAGGAAAUGAUUGAAAGCAAAAAUGACGUGGCCAGAGAAUUGGUCAAUACAGUAAUGCGACUCCUGUACAAGUGUAAUAUCUCUGUCGAUAGAGAGCGAUGGGAACGAAGGCUGGCCAAAUUUUGCCGUACUUAUUCGGACGAUGAUGCAGAUACGAUCUUACGUUUAGGUUUUAGGAAUUUGAAAACAACUGUCAAGUUGAGGGUGAUAAAGGAGCUCCUUGAGUAUCAGUUCGAGCACAACAUCGAAUUCAAAAAGAUUGUGAACGAAAUGACUCCCGACAAGCAACGGUGUAAACCGCUAAUGGAGGACGAUGGUGGCCACUUGUUCUGGACCAUGACCGAUUCGAAUGACGACACCGUUGUGUACAAAGAGAAUGUGAAGAAGAAAUCGUGGAACGUUUUAGCCCACGAUCGUGACGAACUUACUAAACUCAUUAAGCGAAAUGCACCCGCAACACCGCCUCGAAGGACAUCAGCGCGUAGGUCAUUAGCGAAUGCGACCAUAAGGCCGUCGUCGGAACCAAAGGCUAAGGAUUUGUUGAAAGAAUUACGUUUGAGCAUCGGACGAUUGAAAGAUGUCGCAUGAUGUGUCUGUGUUGUAUUUUGAUAGUGGAAGUAAUAAAUUUUGAAUUGCAA